UCUCUCUCUCUCUCUCUCUCUCUCUCUCUCUCUUUCUCAAUUUCCUUCUAUUUCCAUGUCUGAAGGUGGUGGCCGUGGCCAUGGUAACUUGCUUUGGGAAACUCAGUCAUGGGCUUUCUCAAAUUCGGACAAUUCCGGUGGGAGCGAGUCAAAAUCGGUGAAACAGCCUCCAACCGAGUCAAACUCGAAUAGUCCGACGGCGACCGUGGCCACAGAAGCUGGCCGGAAGCGAGGACAAAGCGAGGUUUCAAAGAAUAUGAAAGGUGGUAUCCCAACCACAGACUGGAAUGAAAACAAAGGUGGUGAAUCAGACCAUGAGAUUCAUAUAUGGACUGAGAGGGAGAGAAGGAAAAAGAUGAGGAACAUGUUCUCUAAUCUUCACGCCCUGCUUCCUCAACUACCUGCCAAGGCUGACAAAUCCACCAUUGUCGACGAAGCAGUCAGUUACAUAAAAACUCUCCAACAGUCCAUACAGAAGCUCCAGAAACAAAGGCUAGAAGUCAUCCGAGGGGCAACCACUGACUACAAUAAAUUAAUGGUCACACCGCGAACCCCAGCCAUUGAAUCAAGAGAGACAUUUAUAGCUGAUCAGACAUCGUCGAAGAACUGGGCCAUGAUCAACUCACCUCCCGUCCUCUCGUUUCCUUGUUUUCCACAGUCCUUCCAGACAUGGUCAUCUCCCAACGUUGUCUUGAGCGUGAGUGGCAAUGAUGCACAGAUUAGUGUAUGCACUGCUCGGAAGCCAGGGACCUUAACCACCAUUUUCUACAUACUGGAGAAACAUAAGCUGGAGGUGGUAACCGCUCACAUUACUUCUGAUUAUUUCAGGAGCAUGUUCAUGAUACAUGUCAACGCUAUUUCACAGCGUACAGUUUCUGAUGAGUGUCCCAGAUAUAUGACUGGUCUGCCAUCAAAUGGCAAAUGGAAUGGCCAAUCAGUUCUCAGAGAUGUCGGACGUGGAAGAAGUGUACAAGCUAGCAGUUGGAGAGAUAAUUUUAUGGCUUUCUACAUGAUUUUACUAUUGAACUGCAGAUCAUAAGAUGAUAGAAAUAUGUUGUUGAAGCAUUUUAUUACGCUGUAGAAUUUUUGGUUUCUUUCUUUCAUAUUGCACAGAUAUUUAGCUAUUCUAUCACUACAAUGUUUUGUAUUUAAGUGGAGGAUUUAAGGAAAAAAGGUAACGAUUUUGAAUUUUACGUUC